AUGCAGAGAGUGGCAUUUAGAAGGUACUACUUUGCCAGCGUAUGCCCAAAUGAGAUAGGCGGGAAGGUGGUGCAGGGGCGCCUUUUCACCAGUAAGGCGGGCAUGUCUGACAAUGCCGCCCACAGGGGCAUGGAAGGACAAAAUGGAAGCAGCGGAAGUGAGGAAAGUGGGAAGAAUGCCGACACGAGCGAAAAGGGCGAAAAAGGCGAAGGCGGCCAACACGCCCAGUUCAACCAGCAGGGCAAACCCGCGGAGGGCGCAGAACAGAGGAAAGAACAAAUGAAGGAAACCAACUACGAAAAAUUUAACAAGGCGGAUUUAAUUAACGAAAUUAAGAAAACAAAACGAGACAUAGAAGAAAAAAUGGUGGAUAAUAAAAUAUUAAAAGACAAGUAUCUGUCCGUAUUGGCAGAAAAUGAAAACUUAAGACACAGAUAUGUAAAGGAAAUCGAAAAUAGCAAGCUGUACUGCAUCAGCAAUUUUGCAAAGUCACUCCUGGAUGUUGCAGAUAAUUUGUCUCUAGCCAUUAAAAACAUCAGCGAAGAAUCGCUCAAGCAGAAUGAAGAAAUACACAACAUAUACAAAGGCAUACAGAUGACGGAGACUAUACUACAUAACAUUUUUAAUAAGUAUGGAAUCGAUAAGUAUGACCCGAUUAAUGAGAAAUUCAACCCGCUCUUCCACGAGGCACUCUUCGAAAUUAAUGACGACACGAAGGAGAAGGGGACUGUUGCGACCGUUGUGCAACAGGGCUACAAGAUAAAGGACCGCAUUUUGAGGUACACCUUGUGA